GUGUUGGAAAUUUAGCCGUCGCUGAAGCACCGAUCAAAUGCGCAGGCGUCAGGGUUGCAGAUUUUCCUGAAUAUCACGCAUGCGCGCGAUAUACAAAGGCCUCCGGAGGAUCGGCAAGAGGAGUUGGACACAGAGUCUAUAGAAGUGAGGCAAAGCAGCAUCAACUUCAUGGACCCUGUACAGAUUACAGAGGUGGAGGUGUUUCCCGUCUUAAGGCAAAUUAGCGUGGAUAAAUUCCCAGGGCUUGACAAGUUGUUCCCUGGGACCCUGCAGAAGACAAGUGCAGAAAUCGUCAGGGCCCAAGCACAGUGUGAUGUCAGAUCACAUCUUGGUGACUAAAGUGAUCUCAUCUGAAAUGUUGUCCUUCACCCACUGAUGUAUUUUGUAAAUCUUUUCACAGGUUAAGAACGGCAAGGAAUUUGUCUCCCAGAAUCUCAGAGACAACACGCCAGUGUUGCCCUUCUUGUCCAUUAAGAAGUGGAUCGAGGGAUUCACUCAGUCAUCCUUCCUGCUCACACUGUUGGAAUGGAUUCACUCAGUCAUGUGAACUGAAAGUCCAUCAGCAUUUCCACACUGGGACAAGGCCACUCACUGAUCUGUAUGUGGGAAGGGAAUUAGUCAGUCAUCCUACCUGCGGACACAUCAGUCAGUUCACACUGGGCAGAGGCUGGCCACCUGCUGAAUCUGUGGGGAAGGAUUCACUCGAUCAUCUGACCUAAUGGCUCACCAGCGAAUUCACACCGGGGAACGGCCAUUCACCUGCUUGGACUGUGGGAAGGGAUUCACUCGCUCAUCAAACCUACUAGCACACCAAACAGUUCACACUGGGGAGAGGCCGUUCACCUGCUCAGAAUGUGGGAAGGGAUUCGCUCGCUCAUCCAAUCUGCAGGCACACCAGGCAGUUCACACAGGGGAGAAGCCGUUUACCUGCUCAGACUGUGGGAAAGGAUUUAUUCUGUCAUCUCAACUGAAGGUACAUCAGCGAGUUCACACUGGGGAGAGGCCAUUCACCUGCUCAGACUGUGGGAAGGGAUUCAUUCUGUCAUCUCAACUGAAGGUACAUCGGCAAAUUCACACUGGGGAGAGGCCAUUCACCUGUUCAGACUGUGGGAAGGGAUUCACUCGGUUAUGUCAACUGAAGGUACAUCAGCGCAUUCACACUGGGGAGAAGCCUUUCACCUGCUCAGAGUGUGGGAAAGGAUUCACUCAGUCAUCCCACCUACAGGCACACCAGUCAGUUCACACUGGGAAAUGGCCGUACACCUGCUCAGACUGUGGGAAAGGAUUCACUAGGUCAUCUGGCCUAAAAACACACCAAUCAGUUCACACUGGAGUGUGGCCAUUCACCUGCUCAGAAUGUGGGAAGGGAUUCUCUCAAUCAUCCAACCUUCUGGCUCACCAGUCAGUUCACACCAGGGAGAGGCCAUUUACCUGCUCAGACUGUGGGAUGGGAUUUACUUCGUCAUCUCACCUACUGAGACACCAGUCAGUUCACACGGGGGAGAGGCCGUUCACCUGCUCGGAUUGUGGGAAGACAUUCACUCAGUUCUCCAGCCUACAGACACACCAGACAGCCCACACUGGAAAGAAGCCAUUCACCUGCUCAGACUGUGGAAGAGGAUUCACUCAGUCAUCCACCCUACAGAGACACCAGUCAGUUCACACAGGGGAGUGGCCGUUCACCUGCUCAGACUGUGGGAAGGGAUUCAUUGGGAGAUUUCAACUAAAGGUUCAUCGAAGAGUUCACACUGGGGAGAGGCCAUUCACCUGCUUAGACUGUGGGAAGGGAUUCACACAGUUAGCUAGCCUACAAGCACACCAGUCAGUUCACUCUGGGGAGAAGCCAUUUACCUGCUCGGACUGUGGGAAGAGAUUCACUCAGUCAUCUCAACUGAAGGUACAUCAGCAAGUUCACACUGGGGAGAGGCUGUUCACCUGCUCAGACUGUGGGAAGGGAUUCACUUUGUCAUCUCACCUACUGACACAUCAGUCAGUUCACACUGGGGAGAGGCUGUUCACCUGCUCAGAUUGUGGGAAGAGAUUCACUCAGUUAUCCAGCCUGCAGACACACCUGGCAUCCCACACAGGGAAAUGGCUGUUCAACUGCCCAGACUGUGGGAAAGGAUUCAAUCACCCAUCCACCCUCCAGAGACACCAGUCAGUCCACUCUGGAGUAUGGCCAUUCACAUGCUCAGACUGUGGGAAGGGAUUCACUCGGUCAUUUCAACUGAAGGUACAUCAGAGAGUUCACACUGGGGAGAGGCCAUUCACCUGUUCAUUGUGUGGGAAGGGAUUCACACAGUUAGCUAGCCUACAAGCACACCAGUCAGUUCACACUGGGGAGAAGCCAUUUACCUGCUUAGACUGUGGGAAAGGAUUCACUCAAUCAUGCCACCUGAAGCUACAUCAGCGAGUUCACACUGGGGAGAGGCCAUUCAUCUGCUCAGAGUGUGGGAAGGGAUUCACUCGGUCAUCUGACCUAUUGGCACACCAGAGAGUUCACACUGGGGAGAGGCCGUUCACAUGCUCAGUCUGUGGGAAGGGAUUCAGUCAGGCAUCAAACCUGCAAGAGCACCAGAGAAUUCACACUGGGGAGCGGCCGUUCACCUGCUUGGACUGUGGGAAGGGAUUCACUUGCUUAUCCCAACUGAAGGUACAUCACAGAGUUCACACUGGGGAGAGGCCAUUCACCUGCUCAGACUGUGGGAAAGGAUUCAAUUCAUCAUCCCAACUGAAGGUGCAUCAGAGAGUUCACACUGGGGAGAGGCCGUUCACCUGCUCAGACUGUGGGAAGGGAUUCAUGCAGUCAUCCGAACUAAAGGUACAUCAGCGAGUACAUACCGGAGAGAGGCCGUUCACCUGCUCAAUCUGUGGGAAGGGAUUCACUUUGUCAUCUAAACUGAAGAUUAAACAAGAUUGGGAGAAGGAACUCAAUUUAUCUUUUAUGACGGAGGAUUGGACACGGAUUCUGAAGCUGAACUUUUCUUCAAUAUGCGCUCGUCAUUCACUAUUCAAUUUAAAAUUGUACAUCAUUACCCUUUGACGAAGGAGAGACUGUCUAAAAUAUUUCCUAAUGUUGAUAGUUAUUGUGAUAGAUGUAAAACUGAGACAGCUAUGCUGACACACGUGUUUUGCUCUUGUUCUAUACAGGAACAGUUCUGGAAGUCAGUUUUUUCGACAAUUUCUAAAGCACUUUAAAUUAAUUUACAACUUAACAAAUUAACUGUGCUUUUUGGAAUAAUUCCUCAAAAUAUCCGUGGUAUCUCUAUAUCUGACCAACAUGUUAUUGCAUUUGUUACAUUGAUAGCUGGGAGGGCCAUUUUGUUGAAGUGGAAGGAUACAUCAGCUCCCACUUUGUCACAAUGGUUCUCUCAAGUGAUGCUAUGUCUUAGUUUGGAGAAAAUUAGAAGUUGAACCUUUGAACCUUUAUUUGAUUUUGAGAAAAGAUGGGAUUCAUUUGCUCGUUAUUAUCAUUUGAGUUAAUUGGUAGAUUUCCUCCACGAUCUAAUUGUAAAAUUUGGUAUAUAUUUUUUUUUCUUGCUGGCGGAUUGCUGUUUAUUUUUAGAAGCUAUUUGUAUGACGCAUGGCUCCGGGUUGUACACCUAAUGGGGUUUCCCCCCACUUUUUCCUGCUGAGUAGGGUUUCUAUUUAUUAUCAACAACAUUUUUCAAUCUAGAAAAUAAUGUUUUUUUCCUUGAGACAUUGUAAGUGUUGCUUACUUUGAUGUACUCGUGUUAUUUUUGAAUAAUAUAAUAAUAAUAAACAGAUUUGAAAAGAAAGAAAGAAACUGCCGAGAUACAGUCGGCUAAGAACCAAGUGCUGAUAAAUGGGACCAGUGUAGAAUUGAUGAAGUUCCUGUCUCUUCUUCCAUUAAUGUUGCCUUCUUAUGGCAAAAGUAACCCUCUCACUGUGUCAGAAUCAGUGUUUAAAUCCGGCCCCAGACGCUGUGCUUUCAUCCCUGCACAUUAUAACUUGAACCAUCUCACUGAGGGUCUGAUGGAGACACAACCCCCGCCCUCUGCACAUGUGAUCACAUCUCCCCUGCUUCUGACAUUUCAAAUACCCUCAGAAUGGUUUUCUGAUUCAGUCUGAAGGUUAUGGUACAUUCAGCUCAUCGUCAGACCUGACAAACCAUGUCUUCCCACAGCUGGUUCCACCUGUUGGUGUGUCCUCUUUCCUCCACCUCCAGGGAAGCUGCAUCUCCACACAAACCCCUCACUUGAGACGACUGUCUGUACCCGUGACACAGGAAAUCACAUCACUGUCACUCUCCUGAUACCAUCCGGGAAGCGGUACCGCAACAUAAAAGCCAGGACCAACAGGCUCCGGGACAGCUUCUUCCACCAGGCCAUCAGACUGAUGAACUCACGCUGAUUUGAGUGUACUCUAUAUUACAUUGUCUGUUUUAUUUAUUAUAAACUAUUAUAAAUUACUAUGAUUGCACGUUGCAUAUUUAAAUGGAGACGUAAUGUGAAGAUCUUUACUCCUGAUGGAUGUAAGAAAUAAAGUCAAUUCAAUUCAA